AACAAGCAACACAUACACACACACAUACCCACACACACACACACACACACAGUCGGACAGGUGAGAUGGAAACCCUGUUGACCUACAUUCAGUCUGGUGAACCAAUCAGAUCGCAGCGCCGUUAAAGUUGCAACAAGUCAACCGCCAGCAGUCUGAAGGUCAACUGUUCAGGCGGGUCACAUGGCCGAUACCUGCAACCCGAUAGGCUGAGCCCGGGCUGUGACGACAUCUGAUAGGCCGUAACCUGGCAACCAGGCGGGACAUGAAGGAGGGGAGAAGAAGAAGCAGACGACCGACAGGCGAGAGGAGCAGAGAAGAAGAAAACAUGGCAACAGACAGAGAAAAGAGGUGAAGAAAGGAGGAACAGAAGAUCUGAGGAAAUAAAGGAGGAGAGGAGGAGUAAGAAGAAGAGUGGAGGAGUUAAAGGAGGACUUGAGGAGUUAAAGGAGGCCUUGAGGAGUUAAAGGAAGACCGGAGGAGUAAGAAGAAGAGCUGAGGAGUAAAAUAAGGAGUGGAGGAGUAAGAAGAAGAGGGGAGGAGUUAAAGGAGGACUGGAGGAGUUAAAGGAGGCCUUGAGGAGUUAAAGGAGGACCGGAGGAGUAAGAAGAAGAGCUGAGGAGUAAAAUAAGGAGUGGAGGAGUAAGAAGAAGAGUGGAGGAGUUAAAUAAGGAGUGGAGGAGUAAGAAGAAGAGGGGAGGAGUUAAAGGAGGACUGGAGGAGUUAAUGAAGGACUGGAGGAGUUUGAGGAGUUAAAGGAGGACUGGAUGAGUUAAAGGAGGCCUGUAGGAGUUAAUGAAGGACUGGAGGAGUUAAAGGAGGACUUGAGGAGUUAAAGGAGGACUUGAGUUAAUGAAGGACUGGAGGAGUUAGAGGACUUGAGGAGUUAAAGGAGGACUUGAGGAGUUAAAGGAGGACUGGAGGAGUUAAUGAAGGACUGGAGGAGUUAAAGGAGGACUUGAGGAGUUAAAGGAGGACUUGAGGAGUUAAUGAAGGACUGGAGGAGUUAAAGGAGGACUUGAGGAGUUAAAGGAGGACUGGAGGAGUUAAUGAAGGACUGGAGGAGUUAAAGGAGGAGGAGUUAAAGGAGGACUUGAGGAGUUAAAGGAGGACUUGAGGAGUUAAUGAAGGACUGGAGGAGUUAAAGGAGGACUGGAGGAGUUAAAGGAGGACUGGAGGAGUUAAAGGAGGACUUGAGGAGUUAAUGAAGGACUGGAGGAGUUAAAGGAGGACUGGAGGAGUUAAAGGAGGACUUGAGGAGUUAAUGAAGGACUGGAGGAGUUAAAGGAGGACUGGAGGAGUUAAAGGAGGACUUGAGGAGUUAAUGAAGGACUGGAGGAGUUAAAGGAGGACUGGAGGAGUUAAAGGAGGACUUGAGGAGUUAAUGAAGGACUGGAGGAGUUAAAGGAGGACUUGAGGAGUUAAAGGAGGACUGGAGGAGUUAAUGAAGGACUGGAGGAGUUAAAGGAGGAGGAGUUAAAGGAGGACUUGAGGAGUUAAAGGAGGACUUGAGGAGUUAAUGAAGGACUGGAGGAGUUAAAGGAGGACUGGAGGAGUUAAAGGAGGACUGGAGGAGUUAAAGGAGGACUUGAGGAGUUAAUGAAGGACUGGAGGAGUUAAAGGAGGACUGGAGGAGUUAAAGGAGGACUUGAGGAGUUAAUGAAGGACUGGAGGAGUUAAAGGAGGACUGGAGGAGUUAAAGGAGGACUUGAGGAGUUAAUGAAGGACUGGAGGAGUUAAAGGAGGAGCUCAGCGUCUGAAGAGAUGGAUCUCAAUGUGAUCCGACUGAGUCACUGUCAGAAGGAGAUCUUCUGCUUCUCGGUGCCGGAGGCGUGUCCAAGCUGUGGGGAGGAGCUGAGGGGGAGCCGGCUGCAGGAGGCACCUGUGAGCCUCCCCUCCCCCCUCAGCAACGGACACAAGACCUCCUGCUGUCUGCUGGUCGCACCUGCACACGACAACCACAACAGAGAGUUUGAUGGGACAUCAGAUCUGCACACUGGGAUCUCCAACACUUCAGGAGUUGUGUAUAACUACACCCUGGGUGGGGUUGGUAGAGAGCAGAGCGGGUGGGAGCGCUGCGUCAGCGUCCCUCUGGUCCGACCCGACAUGUUCCACCUGCUGGCUCAGUGGGACCAGUACCUGGACCGCUUCUCUGACGGGCCCAUGUGGGACCCCGCCUGGCACAGGUUCGAUGAGGAGCAGCAUAACUGCUUCACCUUCUGUCUUCAGUUCAUUAACAGUGUCCUGGCAGCAGAGGGGCGCAGCUCUCUGAGCAGAGAGACCUUCACUCACAGCUUCAUCCUGCCGAGGAUGAGGAGGGUCACCAAAUACACCACGCUGUACCAACACGUACAGAAACACCGGUACUACAUGGUGGACAGACAGGAGGACAGACAGGAGGACAGACAGGAGGACACACCAGAUAAACCAGGCUUAUUCUAGUCAGUUCUGUUUCGUGGAGGUUUAAAUUAGUCGAACCAGACACCAGCUGAUUGUCUUCUUGAGGAUGAAACUGUGAAUAUAAAGUAUACAAAUAUGUAUAAUGUAAUAUAAGUAAACAGUUUGUUUAAUUUAUCACAUUUGACCUGAACUGCAGUUAAAGUCUAAGCUCUAAGCUCAUUUCUUUAAUCACUUUUACAUAAAAAAUGUGGCCUUUUACAUUAAUAUGUACAUGAGUAUAAAUGUAUAGUGUAAGAGUGUAAAUACAUACGUGUAUAUGUUGUGUGUGUAUUUGUAUGUUUCUCUUGUAUUAAUAUGUUUGAGCUGUGAAAACAGAGUUUGCUUCUGUCUGUUUUAUUAAUUAAAGGGAAAUGAUGUGAAUAUAAUGUAAACAAGAUCAUCUCAGUCUGUAUUCAGAAAUAAACAAAUAUCUUGCUA